UCGUUAGCGGGCAACGAAGUAUGAUGGUAGAACAAAGAAUGGAAGCAAAUUGAACUUUACAAAGUUUUGACUAAAAGGACCAAAAAUGCAUUCAUAACAAAGUAGCCGUGUGAUCCGAUACGAUUCUCCGUCAAACAUGGCUCGCCCAACGACCAUCAAGGAAGCUCUUCAACGCUGGUCGGUCGCACGGAAUGGGGAAGACCCCACAAAGGCCAAGGACAUACAACUGCAGUUUCAAUGGCCACCGAUAGAGAAAAUGGACGGAACAUUAUCUACGCUGGUGGAAUGUGAAAAACUUAGCCUCUCUUCAAAUAUGAUCGACAAGAUAAUCGGUUUGAAUGGUAUGAAAAAUCUUCGGAUUCUCUCCUUGGGUCGAAAUUACAUCAAAACGCUGAACGGACUUGAAGCAGUUGGCGACACACUGGAAGAGCUGUGGAUAAGCUACAAUCUCAUCGAUAAGCUGAAGGGUGUCGAGAAUCUCAAGCGCCUCAAGGUACUGUACAUAGGGUACAAUUCGAUUCGUGAUUGGGGUGAAUUUCAGAAGCUACAGGCAAUCGGCACUCUUGAGGACUUACUGUUUGUCGGAAAUCCCUUGGUUGAAAACAUUGAUGCCGGAGCAUACCAGAGGGAGGCCCUUAAGAGGCUACCGAAUCUCAAAAAGCUCGAUGGAGAAGCUCUGCUGGCGGAGGAUGAAGACUGAUGGCUUUCCGGCCGUGUUGUCAUGAGUUGUAUUUUAUUAUUCAAAUAUAUGUUUUUCGAGUCUA